GAGGCAGGUCCUGGCGGCUUCUUGGUCUCUGGUUGUCAGACGAGGGCGGAUUGACUGAACUGCUGCUACUGGACCUUGCUCGGGGACGGAAUGUUUCGUCUUAAUUCACUUGCUGCGUUAGCAGAACUGGCUGUGGGCUCUCGAUGGUACCAUGGGGCAUCUCAGCCUUCUCAGGUCAGGAGAAGACUAAUGAUGGUGGCCUUCCUGGGUGCUUCUGCAGUGACUGCGAGUACUGGGCUUUUGUGGAAGAGAGCUCAUGCUGAGUCUCCACAAUAUGUAAACAACCUGAAGAGUGAAAUUGGUGAUAAAGGAAAGAAUAAAGAUGAAGGAGAAGCUUUCAACCAUGAGAACAAGGCUGCAGAUAAUUCUCUUGAGUCUUAUCCAGAAGAAAAAAAGAAGAAACGUUGCGGAUUCCGAGACAGAAAAGUGAUGGAAUAUGAGAACAGGAUUCGUGCCUACUCUACGCCAGACAAAAUCUUUCGAUAUUUUGCUACCUUGAAAGUAAUCAAUGAACCUGGUGAGGCAGAAGUGUUUAUGACUCCACAAGAUUUCGUGCGAUCCAUAACACCCAAUGAAAAACAACCAGAACACUUGGGUCUGGAUCAAUAUAUAAUAAAACGUUUUGAUGGAAAGAAAAUUUCCCAGGAACGAGAAAAAUUUGCUGAUGAAGGCAGUAUAUUUUAUACCCUUGGAGAAUGUGGGCUCAUAUCCUUCUCAGACUACAUUUUCCUUACAACUGUUCUUUCCACUCCUCAGAGGAAUUUUGAAAUUGCCUUCAAGAUGUUUGACUUGAAUGGAGAUGGAGAAGUAGACAUGGAGGAGUUUGAACAGGUCCAGAGCAUCAUCCGCUCCCAAACCAGUAUGGGGAUGCGUCACCGAGAUCGCCCUACAACUGGUAACACCCUCAAGUCUGGCUUAUGUUCAGCCCUUACUACCUACUUUUUUGGAGCUGAUCUCAAGGGGAAACUGACGAUCAAAAACUUCCUCGAGUUUCAGCGUAAACUUCAGCAUGAUGUUCUGAAGCUGGAGUUUGAACGCCAUGACCCUGUGGAUGGGAGAAUCACAGAGAGGCAGUUUGGUGGCAUGCUGCUGGCAUACAGCGGGGUGCAGUCCAAGAAGCUGACUGCCAUGCAGAAGCAGCUCAAGAAGCACUUCAAAGAGGGAAAGGGCCUGACAUUUCAAGAAGUGGAAAACUUCUUUACUUUCCUGAAGAACAUUAAUGAUGUAGACACCGCCUUGAGCUUUUACCACAUGGCUGGAGCAUCUCUUGACAAAGUGACCAUGCAGCAGGUGGCCAGGACAGUGGCUAAGGUGGAACUCUCAGACCACGUGUGUGAUGUGGUGUUUGCGCUCUUUGACUGCGAUGGCAACGGGGAGCUGAGCAACAAGGAGUUUGUCUCCAUCAUGAAGCAGCGGCUGAUGAGAGGCCUGGAGAAGCCCAAAGACAUGGGCUUCACCCGCCUGAUGCAGGCCAUGUGGAAGUGCGCGCAGGAGACUGCCUGGGACUUCGCUUUGCCCAAGUAGACCCGCAGAGCUGCAAGCUGGCAGGGAACAGCUGUCGCCACCCAGCACCUCGACCCCUUCAGCAAAGAACCUCAGUGUAGCCUCUUAAGGCUGCUUCCAGGGCAGUGCUCCCACCCUCUAGUCCUCUCCACCCUUCCCGGGUCCCAGCGUUCUGCCCGGCCCUGAUUGUAUCCCCACAGAGUCUCAAGGGCCUCUGCAAAGCUCAGACCUGUGCCACUUUGAGCAGCACCAAACACAGACACUUUGGAUAAGAUGCAAGGCCCCGGCGCACCUGUCAGCCCUGGGAGCACGUGAUCCUCCGAGGCAGAUUAUAUGAGCAGGGACAGUCCUUGCUUCUCCGACUGGUCCUAACUGCAGGUUGGGAAGAACUCUGGAAUCAAGGGGUAGGUUGUGAUGAUGGAGAUGACCUGGAGGCCCCAGCCGAGAGAGGAUCUGUGUCACACACGUGGUGGCUCUGAGGGUGAAUCCAGGCAGGUGUGGCGGGAGCAGGAAAAGGCUGAGACCUGCAGUGACUUGCUGCAGGCACGCUCUCCAGUGCCUGCCACUCCACUCAGGCUCCUGGGCCACCUCCGCCUUCACCGUGACCCUGCACUGAAGGAGCAGCCAUGACCGCAUUCCUGUCACCUGACAGUGCCACCUCCCCCCGGGGAGCUGAGGCCUGGCUCCCAGCCCGUCUGCCGUCUGUCUUCAACGCUUGUAAAAUAACACUUUAAUUAUAACGGUUUGCAAUAAACACCCCUCACAGCUCCUGUCUCCCA